AUGUCGACUCCAAACCCUCACGAUGACCCGCUGGUGCAGGUUACGUACCUGGCGGGGUAUAUAGUUCUCUCUUAUCUGGUCAGCGCCAUGGGAUGCACAACGACACUGGAGCUUCUCCACAGGCGGACAUCAAGAUCGGGACUAUACAACUGGUACCUGCUUCUUACUUCUUCGAUCACAAUGGGCGGCAUUGGAAUCUGGUGUAUGCAUUUUAUCGGGAACCGCGCGAUCGUCCUUGAUGACGGCGAGGCAGCCGUACAAGUCAUGUACAAUGUCGCCUUCACGGGCACGUCUUUCGUGCUUCCGGUGGUAGUCCUCCUGAUUGCCUUCUAUGCCGUGGGCGUCCAGGAGAAGGCGGGCUAUCUUCGCAUUCUCGUCGGAGGCCUGCUCACCGGUAGCUCCGUCUGCGGUAUGCACUACAUCGGUCAACUCGGAAUCUCAAAUUACCGCUGCACUUACCAUGUCGGGAACGUGGUGGGUGCUGCGAUCAUUGCGAUUUUCUCCAGUACUGGUGCCCUCGGAAUCUUUUUCCGAUGGAGAGCAACUUGGACUGAUAUGUGGUGGAGACGAGGUAUCUGUGCGUGUCUAUUGGCUUGCGCUGUCUCCGGUAUGCAUUGGACUGCAGCUGUCGGGACGGUGUAUCAUGAUCACCAGCGCAAGGAAAUGAAAUCAACUCAAUUGUCGAGGAGUCAGGUUGCUAUUGUCUGCGCUGUGCUGGCUUGUGUUGCGUGUCUAAUCUUGUCGUUCUGUGCUAUUUUGGCUGGACGCAACCUCAGGAAGUCGACAACUCGUGCCCAUCAGCUUGUUCUUGCUUGUGCUUACUUUGAUCCCGCUGGGCGAAUCAUGGUUACGUCGCAGGCUAUGCUUCCUACGAGGAAGAUUGUCGAUCAUUAUAUUGGACGGACGUUCAAAGAUGACGACCUUACUCGUACUCACCCUACUUUCUUGUGGGCAUUCAGGGCAACCCGGAAUUGGCCCGUCGUGAAGGAUCUGGUGCCGUUCAUGCGAAAUCGUCUGAAUUCCGAGGAAAGCGCCAUCGAGAAACAUGUGCUCUCGCGUGGAGUAUACAUGGACAAGGACACGGAGUUGCAAACUGACUUUGAUACCUUGUUCAAACAACUCUUCUGUGUUACAGCGCAAGAGCUCUCGGAUGAGCUUCACUUGCCGCUCCAGGAACUCGGCACACUAUACGACGAUGUCCUUUCUACCGCUAUCCCCGUUUCACGAUUUUCUCGAGCAAUGGGCCGCUCCUCCCUCCGCACUGGCAAGGGUCAGUUGAUGUUCACUGUCCGCCAGCUCAACAAGCAAGAAGCAGGACGACUGGCAUCGUAUGGAUUCCGGUUUGCAACUAUCGAGCACAUCACAGGAAUGCUUUCCCGGCGCAUUCACGUCCCCGAAGCAAACCUCACCGAUGCCCUCCGCGAUAUGCGCGACUAUGCAACCUCCAAUCGCGGCUUCGACGAGGGCGUUCAUCUCAUCUCCUUCGUCAUGCGCCCAACCAUCCACGAUCACUUCGAAAUCCUCACUGUAAAGGGCGUGGGGAACCCCCUCCCAUCUUCAACCCUCCCCAUAAAAUACCUCCAAGUCCAGCAUCUCGAACUCAUCACCCACAUGGAAGGCUGGUCCAUGGAAACAUGCAUGCGAUACCUAAAAUCCGAAGCCGCCUCACAAGCCUUCCCACAUCUAGUCGAAUUCCGCUCCCACCUCGCCAACUCAAUCACCUCCCUCUCAAACUCCCUGCCCGAAGACCUGCGCACAGCAGCACAACUCUCCGCCCGCCCAUUAACAGCACCCUGCCGCAGCGGAUCUGCAAACCCAGAAACCGCCACCCAAACCCACUGCACCCUCCUCAGCUUCUGCGUCGUCGGCACGCUCGACACCCAAAUCUCAAACCCAGACUACACCUUCACCCCCUUCCGUCUCUUCCGCGUCCAGCAACAAAUCAACGAAGCUUUCGGCGACGGCGACGACUUCGCCCGCGAACUAGGCCAGGAACUCUUCUGCACAGACGUGCGCUCAGGCUCGAGCGCCGGCGAAAGCGACUUCGCCUCCUCGGCCAAAAUGGCCAUUCUGCGUCUGUGGUCGUCCCGCAAGAGUGUGCCGACUUCGCAUUCUAGCUCUGGCUCGCGAUACUCGCAGGAGUCGUUGAAUGAGUCGACUGCUGUGGCAUUGCGGGAUAUUACGGUUCGCAAGGAGGUCCGCGUGGACGUUACCCAUCUCAAUGACAAUGCUGCACAGAAUAACCCGGGUAAUCGGGAUGCGAAGGUGACUGUCAUUGCUGGUGGUGAUACCACUCCUCCGACUUAUGUCGAUGAGCUGUAUAGUCUUUGCUAUUCGCCUGGUAUACGGUUGAGGCCUGAUUCGACCUUGAGGAAUGUUUCUCGCGGUGGGCCUCACUGA